AUGUUGUCGAAACGGUUCCAAAUACAGUCAGGGAAAUUAAUCGAGACCAUUCACUCUACAGCCAAGCUGGGGGCCCACGGUGUUUGGGGGUCUGAUCCAACCCAAACGGGAGUUAAACGACUCGCUCUCUCGGAUUUAGAUAAGCAAAUAAAAGACUGGUUCAUCCAAGAAACAAAGGCUUUGGGAUGUUCAAUCAAGGUGGACAAUGUUGGAAACGUUUUUGCAACAUACCCUGGGAAAAACAACAGUGCACUGCCCACCGGUAUGGGUUCUCACCUCGACACUCAACCUACAGGAGGACGGUACGAUGGCAUUUACGGUGUGCUUUCAGGACUGCAAGUUUUGAGGACUUUGAAAGAAAACAAUUUCGUUCCUAACUAUCCAAUAACUCUUGUUGAUUGGUGCAACGAGGAAGGAGCCAGAUUUCCAAUGAGUAUGAUGGCCUCAUCUGUUUGGGCCGGGAUUUGUUCCAAGGAGACGGUGUAUCAACUCAAGGAUGUCUACGACAACAAGACUACUGUCGAGGAUGAGCUAAAACGAAUUGGAUACCUUGGUGAUAUUGAGUGCAGCCAUUCUGCGAAUCCUCUAAAAUGUCAUUUCGAGAUUCACAUCGAGCAGGGUCCUAUUCUGGAGAGCAUGCAAAGAAAAAUCGGAGUUGUCGACUCCGCCCAGGCGUACACAUGGAUUGAGGUCACAUUCAUGGGUGUUGCACAGCAUACGGGAACUACUCCGAUGGAGUUCCGCAGAGAUGCACUUCUUGCAUCAUCGAAAGUCAUCUUGGACAUCAAUAAAAUGGCCAAGUCUCAUGGAGGUUUGGCAACCGUUGGUAAGCUGGAUUUGCAGCCUGCAGUUGUGAACGUCAUUCCCGAGAAAGUUACCUUUGUAAUUGACAUCAGACAUUCUGAUGAUGUCGCUCACCAAGAGAUGGAACAGGAGGUGGAGAAAAUUUUGAAAGAUGCAGCUUUGAAUACUAUUGGAAACGGUAUUCCACUUGAAGUUUCAAGCAGAACGCUAUACAAGUCUCCUGUCAACAAAUUUAACAAAGACUUGGUCGCCCUCAUUGAAUCCUCUGCAAAGGAAAUUGUGGGGGAAGACAAUCUUCACCAUAUGGUCAGUGGCGCCGGGCAUGACUCUUGUUGUACAAAUCGGCUGAUCCCUACGGCAAUGAUUUUCGUUCCGAGUAAGGAUGGAAUCAGCCACAACCCAAAAGAGUAUACGGAUCCGAAAGAGAUUGAGCUUGGAUUCCGAGUUUUACUUGAAACUAUUCUUAAGUAUGAUUCCCUAAGAACUGAAUAG